AUGUCGAAUGAUAUUCCAAUUGAUUUCACAGAGUUGACCCAGUUAACCCAGCUAGGUAUUCUGCCUUCUUCUUUGGAUUUCAAAUCUACUACAUUAGAGUCAGAUAACUAUGUCUGUGUUAGAGAAACUGGAAGUAACGGUAAUACUGUUGCUAUAGUGAACUUGAAAAACAAUAAUGAAGUUAUUCGUAAAAAUAUGAGUGCUGAUAGUGCGAUCAUGCAUCCACAUGAGUUUGUUAUCUCGUUAAGAGCGAAUGGCACUACUCUUCAGAUCUUUAAUUUAGGUUCUAAACAGAGAUUAAAGUCAUUUACCAUGGACCAACCAGUUGUUUAUUGGAAGUGGUUAAAUGAUCAGUACUUGGGUUUGGUGACUGGAAGCUCUAUAUACUAUUGGGAUAUUUUUGACGGGUCAAACAAUGGACCCAUCAAAUUAACGGAUAGACAUCACACCCUCAACAAUAACCAAAUCAUAAACUUUGUUGCUGAACCAAGUUUGAAUUGGUUUGCUGUCACAGGAAUUGCCCAGGAAGAUUCACGUAUAGCUGGGCAUGUCCAGUUGUAUUCCAAGAGCCGUAAUGUCUCUCAGGCCAUUGAAGGACAUGUUUCAAAGUUUGCUUCAAUUACACUAAGUGGAGCUAUCCAACCCACAAAAGUUUUUUGUGUAGGGAACAAGAAUGCUCAGGGACAGGGCCAUUUACAUAUAAUCGAAAUUGAUCAUGUCGAUGGUAAUCCUCCCUUCUCCAAGAAAUCGGUUGAUAUUUUUUUUCCACCAGAUGCAGCCAAUGACUUUCCGAUCAGUUUACAAGCAUCUGACAAAUAUGGUAUAAUCUAUAUCUUAACUAAGUAUGGGUUCAUUCACUUAUAUGACAUGGAGACAGGAGCAAACUUGUUUGUAAACAGAAUCACUGCCGAUCCUGUUUUCACAGCUGCUCCUUAUAAUGAUGGCACAGGUAUCGUCACAAUAAACAAGUCUGGUCAAGUUUUGAGCGUCGAAAUAGCUAAAGAUAAGAUUAUCCCUUACGUUUUAGAAAAGUUAUCCAAUGUUUCUUUGGCAUUGUCGUUGUCAUCUAGGGGGGGAUUUCCUGGAGCUGAAAACUUGUUUACUCAACAGUUUCAGAAUUUCUUAAACCAAGGUGAUUACGGAAAUGCAGCUAGGGUUGCCGCGUCUUCUGAACAACUUCGUACGCAGGAUACGAUAAACAAAUUAAAGCAUAUCACUCCUCAGCCGGGUCAGAUUUCCCCAAUUUUGCAAUAUUUUUCUACAUUGUUGGAUAGAGGAAGCUUAAAUAAGUAUGAGUCAAUUGAAUUGGCAAAGCCUGUAUUGCAGCAAGAUCGUAAGCCAUUGUUUGAGAAAUGGUUAAAGGAAGAUAAAUUAACUUCUUCUGAGGAAUUGGGUGACAUCGUAAAAUCAUACAAUGACACUGCGUUGGCCUUGGCAGUUUACAUCAGAGCAAAUGUUAAUAUCAAAGUCGUUUCUUGUCUUGCUGAAUUGGGCCAAUUUGACAAGAUCUUACCAUAUUGUCAAAAGGUAGGCUAUAGUCCAGAUUACACUAACCUAAUUCAAAACUUGGUUCGCGUGAACCCAGAUAAAGCAAGCGAAUUUGCUACUUCUUUAUUGUCAAGCCCUGAUAUUAAUUUAAAUAUUGAAAAUAUCGCAGACUUAUUCUUCUCACAAAACUACAUUCAGCAGGGAACGGCAUUUUUGUUAGAUGCUCUUAAAGGUGAUUCACCUGCCGAAGGUCAUUUGCAGACGAAAGUUUUGGAGAUCAAUUUGAUCCAUGCUCCACAAGUUGCAGAUGCCAUUUUAGGCAACAAUAUGUUCAGUCAUUAUGACAAGCCUUCUAUCGGUAAGCUUUGUGAAAAGUCAGGAUUAUUCCAAAGAGCAUUAGAACAUUACGAUGAUAUGAAAGAUAUAAAGAGAGUUAUCGUUCACACCAAUGUAUUACCUAACGAUUGGUUGGUUUCUUAUUUUGGUCAAUUGAACGUUCAGCAAUCCGUUGCUUGCUUAAAAGAGUUGUUGAGUAGUAACAUGCAGCAAAAUUUACAAGUGGUAAUCCAAGUAGCAACUAAAUAUUCUGAUUUAAUUGGUCCUUUAAACUUAAUUAAAUUAUUUGAAGAGUUUAAAUGUGUCGAAGGUGAAUAUUAUUACUUGUCUUCUAUUGUUAAUUUGACUCAGGAGCCGGAUGUUGUAUUGAAGUAUAUUCAAGCUGCUGCCAAGAUGAAUCAAACUAAAGAAAUCGAAAGAGUAGUUAGGGAUAACAAUGUUUACAAUGGUGAAAAAGUAAAGAAUUUUUUGAAAGAGUUUAAAUUGGAGGACCAAUUGCCAUUGAUUAUUGUUUGUGAUAGGUUCAAUUUCGUUCAUGAUUUAAUCUUGUACUUGUAUAAGAAUCAAUACUUCAAAUUCAUUGAAGUAUAUGUUCAGUCUGUCAAUCCGGCGAAUACUCCUCAGGUCGUUGCAGGCUUAUUGGACGUUGAUUGUGACGAAAAUAUAAUCAAAAAUUUACUCAUGACAGUUUUAGGUAGAGUUCCUAUUAAGGAAUUGGUCUCAGAGGUGGAGAAGAGAAACAGACUUAAAAUCUUGCUCCCAUUCUUAGAGAAAACAUUAGAAGGAGGAUCAAACGAUCAGGAAGUGUAUAAUACAUUGGCUAAGAUCUACAUUGAUUCCAACAAUUCACCUGAGAAAUUUUUGCAAGAAAAUGAUAUUUAUGAUACCUUAGUCGUUGGUAAAUACUGUGAGAAGAGGGAUCCGUACUUGGCUUACAUUGCAUAUUCCAAAGGUGGCAAUGAUGAUGAACUUAUAAAUAUAACCAAUGAAAAUAAAAUGUAUAAAUAUCAAGCAAGAUACUUGCUUGCGAAGUCAGAUUUCGGUUUAUGGAAUAAGGUGUUGUCCCUGGAUAACGUUCACAGACGCCAGUUGAUCGAUCAAGUCAUUUCUACUGGUAUUCCUGAUUUGGAUGACCCUGAACCAAUUUCUGUCACUGUGAAGGCGUUUAUGGAAAACGAUCUCCCACAAGAAUUGAUCGAAUUACUUGAAAAGAUUAUUUUGGAGCCUUCACCUUUUAAUGAUAAUACUUCUUUGCAAGGGUUGCUUAUUUUGACGGCUAUCAAGGCCGAUAGCUCAAGAGUGAUGAACUACAUUGAGAAGUUGGACAAAUAUGAUCCUAAUGAAAUCGCCCCUUUGUGUAUUGACAAUCAAUUGUAUGAGGAAGCUUUUGAAGUUUACGACAGGUUUGAAAUGAGAUCAGAAGCUAUGAAGGUAUUGUCUGAAGAUAUCAUGUCUUUAGACAGAGCUGAACAAUAUGCUGAGAAGUACGAUUUAUCAGAGUUAUGGUAUCAAUUGGGUACUGCUCAGUUGAAUGGUUUGCGUAUCCCUGAAGCAAUUGACUCCUAUGUUAAGUCAAAGAACCCUGAAAACUAUGAACAAGUAAUUGAGAUUGCCGAGCAUGGAGGUAAGGAAGAAGAGUUAAUUUCUUUCUUGUCUAUGGCAAGAGAAACUUUGAGAGAGCCUUCUGUUGAUGGUGCUUUAAUUAACGCUUAUGCAAGUUUGGGCAAGUUAGACGAAAUCGAGAAAUUUGUUAAUGGUCCAAAUGUUGCUGAUUUGGAAGAAAUUGGUGAUAAAUUAUUUGAAGCAAAGAACUAUAAGGCUGCAAAGAUUUUGUAUUCGAAUGUAUCUAAAUAUUCAAAGCUUGCCACUACUUUAGUUUACCUUGGAGAUUAUCAAGGUGCUGUUGAUUGCGCUAGAAAGGCAUCAAACACACAAGUGUGGAAACAAGUCAAUAGCGCCUGUAUCGAAAACAAAGAAUUUAGACUUGCUCAAAUUUGUGGUUUGAAUUUGAUUGUGGAUGCAGAGGAGUUGCCAGAAUUGGUACAUACAUACGAGCAAAACGGCUACUUUAAUGAAGUAAUUGCACUUUUUGAAAGCGGCUUAGGUUUAGAGAGAGCCCAUAUGGGAAUGUUCACAGAAUUGGCUAUUUUGUACUGUAAAUAUAGUCCCGAAAAGGUUAUGGAGCACUUGAAAUUAUUUUGGUCUAGGAUCAACAUUCCAAAGGUCUUGACAGCGUGUGAAGAAGCUCAUUUAUAUCCGGAGUUGAUUUUCUUGUAUUGUCACUAUGAUGAAUGGGAUAAUGCGGCAUUAACAAUGAUUGAAAAAUCAGAAGUUGCAUUUGACCACUCUUCCUUCAAGGAGAUCAUUGUAAAGGCCCCAAACUUGGAAAUCUACUACAAAGCUAUCAACUUUUAUAUGAAUGAACACCCUUCCUUAUUGGUUGAUUUGUUGUCAGUUUUGACUCCGAAAUUGGAUUUGCCGAGAGUUGUUAGAAUGUUCGUGAAAUCUGACAAUUUACCCAUGAUCAAAUCAUUCUUAAUAUCUGUACUUGAGAAGAAUAACUCUGUUGUCAAUUCUGCUUAUCAUGAUUUAUUAAUAGAAGAGGAAGACUAUAAAUCAUUGAGGUCAUCAAUUGAAAAUGAAUCAAAUAAUAGAUUCAAUAAAUUAGAUUUGGCUGAAAGGCUUGAGAAUCAUGAUUUAAUUUUCUUCAGACAAAUCUCUGCAACUUUAUUCUCUAAAGAGAAGAAGUUUGCAAAGGCAAUUUCUAUUUUGAAAAAUGACAAGUUGUGGUCAGACUUGAUUAAAACUGCUGCCCUUUCGAAAUCUACAAAGAUCGCCCAUGAUCUUUUGGAUUACUUUGUUGAGACUGGUAACCACGAAUGCUUUGUCGCAUUAUUAUAUACUUGCUAUGAAUACGUUGAGUAUGACUAUGUUCUUGAGGCUUCUUGGUUACACAACUUAGGAAAUUUCAUCAAGCCGUAUGAAAUUUCAGUUGCUUAUGAAACUCACAAAAAGACGAAUGAGCUUUAUGAGGAUUUGAAGAAGAGGAGAAAGGCCGAGAAGAAGGAGGAAGAGACGCCAAUUGGUCAGCCUUUGAUGAUCACCAAUGGCUCAAUUGCUCAAAAUAUGACAGGAAUUGGAUAUCAACCAACCGGAGCCGGGUUUGGAAACGCUUUUUAA